CCCAACUCCCACAUGUACUUUAUAAACGCCACCCACGGUCCUGGGUGCCAGAUUCCUCGGGGUCAGGGACCUGCGGGCACAGACUCCCAAAACACCUCCUCCUAACCCUGCAGGAGCGCAUCCACAGAUCCUGCCUAGACACCCCCAACAAGAAUCCCACACACUCCAAACACUACUGCACACACCCAAAGGAGUCACAGAGGCGCCCGCUUUUAAAGGGCCAGUACGUCUCUGCCCACCACCUCCCAACGACAGGCUCUGAACCCCCGCCCGCACCCCAUUAACCACCUUUACACCAGGACAGUGAGUCGCGGCUCACUCCUGCACCUCACACCCCACUCCCGGGCUAAGCCACCAGGUUCUAGAUGAUACCAUGAUGCCAACUGGACUUCGCAGGGCAGACAACCCCACCAUGUGUCUUGGAGCCCCACCUCCCCAGUUUCCUGCUCCACUAGGGAAAGAGAGAGACAGGCUGGGAGUAUGGAUCAACCUGCCAAUGCCCAUGUUCAGUGGGGAAACAAUUACAGAAGCCAGACCUUCCACCUUCUGUAUCCCAUAAUGACCCUGGGUCCAUAAUCCCUGAGGGAUAAAGAAUAGGAAAUCUAUCAGAGGAGGGAAUGGGAUAUGGAGUUCCUGUGGUGGGAAUUGUACCCCUCUUAGCCUAUGGUCUUGUCAGUGUUCCCAUUUUAUAAAUAAAAACAAAAACAAACAAACAAACAAAAACCCACCUAUGAUAAAGACAAAAAAGGGGGCUAGGCAGUAGCGCAGUGAGUUAAGUGCACAUGGCGUGAAGUACAAGGACCAGUGUGAGGAUCCUGGUUUGAGUCCCUGGCUCCCCACCUGCAGCGGGGUUGCUUCACAAGUGGUGAAGCAGGUCUGCAGGUGUCUAUCUGUCUCUUCUCCUCUCUGUCUUCCCCUCCUCUCUCCAUUUCUCUCCUACCCAACAACAAUAACAACAACAAUGAUGACAAUAACAAUGAAUACAACAACAAGGGCAACAAAAUGGGAAAAACAUGGCCUCCAGGAGCAGUGGAUUCUAGGUGCGGGCAUCGAGCCCCAGUGAUGACCCUGGAGGCAAAAAAGAAAAGAAAAGAAAAUGAAUCAUAGAAAAGAUGAAAAUAAAUAAAUAAAUAAAUAAAUAAAGGCAAGCGUGGGGAAUAGCGUAGUGUUUUCAGGUGACAGAGGCAUUGGAGGCUCUACUUUCUAGGUUCACCACAAUAAGCCAGGGCUGCACAGUGCUCUGCUCUCUCCCUCCCUCCCAUUAAAAUAAACAACACAUUAAAAAAAUAAUAACAUGGGAGUCGGGCUGUAGCGCAGCGGGUUAAGCGCAGGUGGCGCAAAGCACAAGGACCGGCAUAAGGAUCCCGGUUCGAACCCCGGCUCCCCACCUGCAGGGGAGUCGCUUCACAGGCGGUGAAGCAGGUCUGCAGGUGUCUAUCUUUCUCUCCUCCUCUCUGUCUUCCCCUCCUCUCUCCAUUUCUCUCUGUCCUAUCCAACAACAACAACGACAACAACAAUAAUAACUACAACAAUAAAACAACAAGGGCAACAAAAGGGAAUAAAUAAAUAAAAUAAAUAUUAAAAAUAAUAAUAACAUAAGAUAAUAAUUUAAAUAAAUAAAUGAAAAUUGUCCAGAUUGAUUAUCAGUCUCCCAGAGACACCCCCAUACACACUGGGAUUUGCCCCUCUGGAAACUCCCAGAACCUACGCUUUUCCCCUGCACUGCCAGCCCCCGCCAACGUCCUGGCUCAGCCUCAUGGCAUCUUGGCUGCUGCUGCUGCUUCUCAAAAUCCCCUUUGGGGACAGUCUGGGAGUCUGAAGCAGCCAGUCUGGUGGUGGUGGGGGGGGGGAGGUUCUCUACCCAGGCAGGCGGCAGGUGCCUAGAGCUCGAGAAAAACUUUUGGACAGGGUAAAGAGGGAAACUUCGGAGACGCGAGGAUCUGGUCAGGUGGAGACAAGAGACUGACGGGCCCUCAGCAGAAGAGCAUGAGCAAAGGAGCGGAGGCGUGAAGGCGCACGCCAUAUUGGAAGAGCGCGUUCUGCUCUGGUGCAGUUGGAGGGCUUACAGUGGAAGGGAGGGUGGUGGCAGGAGAGCUUUGCAGGAAGACCUGGAAGGGCAGGGCUGAGCUCCCUGCAGGCUCAGCAAGGCUCAGCAGUGUCUUAGGCUUAAUCCUGCCCCCCACUGGCCUCCCCUAUUCUACCAUCCCCCCAACCCCCAGCCUGGCUGCUCCAGCAGCUGAAUGGACUUCUCUCUGGGUCUACGCUUGGGACCUCGGAACAAGAAGUUCAGCAGCCAAAAGCCCCCUCCACCCUCCAGGCCCGGCCCACCGGCUGCCUCUCCCUGUCUGUCCUGUCCACCCUCUGCCUGUGUCUGCUCCUGCCCUGGCUGCCCCCCUCCCACUUGCCCCUGCACGAUAUAUCCCUCUCCCACAUACGCCUGCCCCACCUGUCCCAGCCUCCCUGGCCCACCUUGCACUUGCCCUUGCCCUCCUUGCCCUGCCUGUCCUCCCCUGACUUGUCCCUAUGGCCCUUGCAUUGCAUGUUCUGGUCCCCACCUUAUCUGCUGCCACUGUCCCCCUUGUCCCAUUUAUGCUCGGUCCAAGGGCCAAGCUCCAUGUUUGACCUCCUGCUCCGGUUGCAGUGGUGACAACUGUGAUUGUGGCCCAAGACCUGCUUGGGGACCUCCAGACUCCGCUGAUCGCUGCUGCUGCUGCUGCUUCCAGCAACAACGCACCUCUCAGUGGCACUGUCUGAUAGUCUAGGUGAGCCAAAAGUUCUAAGAGGUGGAGAAAACUCAUUCACAGAAGAAUUCCCAGAAAGGAAUACUGACUCAGGGACACAGAAGAAUUCCAAGAAAGGAAUACUGACUCAGCGACAAUGGCAUUUUGCAAUUACUAAUGAAAAACUAGUUAAGGCAAGAAUCCACAGUGGAUGAAGCCAACGAUGAUGGUUGAUGGAGACCCUUACAACAGAGAAAUCGAACUCUCAGCUCUUGCCCCUACUGAUGACCCAGCAUCCCUACCAGGGGCACCACCUCCUCAUAGAGAUAUCUCUUGCCUCAGCAUAGUCUUAAGCUCUCAGCAUCACCUGGGAAGAACUCCCUCCAAACAAAGGGACACAAAAGAAUUGAAGAUGGCUUCUGCAAGCCUGGAGAGCUCAUUUCCAUUGAACAGGAACUGACUGAAGUACUAGGAACUAAUGAAAUGACACAAAGGUGUUAGAAGGCAUAUUCAGAACGUGGAAUAGUUAAAGGAACUUCACCCCUUAACCCCAGCUGGGAGGGUGGGGGGAAAUGAGAGGGGUCAUAAAAAAGAACUACCUGCUGAAUGUUUUCUUUAAGUUUAUAAAAGCAGAACCUGGCAUCAAUCACCAUGUUCCAGACCUGAGUGGCU